ACGCAACUCCUGCCACCAACGUUCUGUUCAACAGCACCUCAAGUCGACAUUACACUUGUGCCUGCAGCUGCGGCUACAACUAAUGCACUAGAAAUCAUAUUCCUUGUUUCGCAAGAUGGCUCCCUUCUCUUUCGCGCGCCAGGCGCAAUCAGCGCAGAUAAGUGGUGCUGUACCGUCGCUCUUUGGCAACACGCGCGCAACCAAUGGCACUUCCUCCAGCGACCCAAUUCAACCUUUGCGCGCAAUGGCCGAUCGAGUCGGCAAAGAGGUGGAAAAGUUCGCCGAAAGGGUCGACCACUGGCACACACAAGGGAAGGAUAGUGCUGCUGCCAAGCAUCAGGCGACAAUGAAUAUGGUCGGGCACUUCAGAGACGUUGCCGAAUCCCAGGUGAAAGAACUGAAGGGUACGAGUGGUGCAGAGAACCAAGGAGCGCUGAACAAGAGCACACGCCGUCGCGUACAGCAUAUGGGAGAAGGGUCAUUUGGACAGUCGUUUCAAUCUGUCAUUCCGUCUGCCGAACCCAGCACCCCGCUCGACUCUACAAGCGUACAAGAAUUGCGGCAAUGGCAGGCUGAAUUAGCAACGUGGGAUCUCCUGCGCACUAUCAUCGACCACUAUCACCCCGAACCCGGGAGAGACAUCGAGUCGGGGAAUCGAGCGCAACUGGACAAGGUUGGGGGAAGUAAGCGGUACAGCCCAAACAGUGAGAUCUGGGACCGGUUCCUACUGGAGGAUGAGCAGGCGAAAGAGAAGGAUUUGAUACUACGCUGGCUAGAGCAGACUGCACAGGACAGCGAGAGCGAUAUUGACUCAAUCACUGCGGUGUUGGAAGAGAAGUCUGGCAAGGGCGCCAAUACUUGGACCAGUGGAUGGCUGGACACAAAGUCGAAGAUCAAGCAGGCAAAGCGCAUGGAAGGCUCGGACCGACCAUUGAAGCCCGAAAGCUCGAUCUUGAAGACGGCUGAUCGAUCACAGCCGCUGGUCACACAGCUAGAUCCUGAUGCGCCGUCCCGUCAGAAGCGUGCGCUCGAGAAGUCGGACGAAUUCUACGAGAAAGCUCUCUGGUUGGUCUGCUAUGAGAUGAUGCGUCGCGGUGUUCCCUGGAAAGAGAUCUGCGAAUGGGCCAUGGAUAGGAGUGAAGCAUGGCGUGGCGUCAGUAUAGGCGCAGCUCACGAGUCACAUACUCCGGGUACUCCCAAUGUUGCCGGGGAUACAGUUGGAUACAUGUUCCGGCGAAUGUGCUUUUAUGCUGCUCAGGGUACCCGACUACAGUAUGAAGGCGCUGUGUAUGGUCUUCUGAGCGGAGACCUGGACAAAGCCCGCGAUGUCGCCCGAUCAUGGGAUGACCAUCUCUACGCACAUUACAACGCACUGCUGUUGUCUCGAUUCGAUUCUUAUCUGCAACGCCAAUACCCGAGCCGAGUCACACAGAGUCUGAGCCAAAGGUUCGUGUUCCACGACGCUGUUGCCAACCUUGGGGAAUGGACGAACUCCCCCAGGCUAGUCAUUAAUGCGUUGAAGCAGCAUAAGGCUUCGACAGCUCUGGCAACUACACCGAUCAAGCUUGUUCAGGGCGCUGUGAUUGCCCAAUCGUUGGAGGAGCUUGUUCAUAAUGUCGGAGUUGCGCUGGCUGAGAUGCUGCAGCAUGAAGACCGACCGGGGAACCUCAUGAUUCACCCGAACUCGCCAGAGAACGACAGGGGACCAAAGGCUGUAUCUGGGCAACCUACAGCCAUAGCAGAUCAGCACUACCAGACACUCGCUAGUGACCCACACGCCUUUCGCACCUUGGUACACGUGUUCAUCGCGCUCAGAGGUGGCCUGGAUCUGCUGAGUGCCGAGGAUAGAUCACAACGUCUGGCGAUGGACAACGUUAUCGCGGGCUACAUUGAGUUUCUGCGCCUCAGCAAGCGCAUCCAGCUGAUACCCCUCUACGCGGCGCAACUAGAGACAACACGCCAGGCCUAUACCUUGGCGCGUGUGCUUCCCGAUAUCAAGAACCGAGAUGAACAACGAAAUUGCAUUGCUCUGCUCGACUUGUACAGGGUCGACACGGUUGAAGUCGUUGCACAGAGCUUCCUCCUUGCAUUCAAUCAUAGUGGUUUCAUCCACUUCGACGAGGAAGGUAAUUCUGUGAUCACCAGGCCCAUUAAGCGUUUUUCACUACUCGAAUCAACGGAAGGAAUGGAUCCGAACAAGAAGCUUUUGUGGCCAGGCCAGCGAAUCAAGCCAGUAUUCGACGGUUCGAAAGUCGAGACAAAGGACGAAGGCAUCAUCGACGCCGUGUACUGGUAUAAUUAUCUGAGUACGGAGGUCGAUGCGACAUUCGAGCAUCUCAAGAACGCACUGAUAAUUUUCCUUCUAAACGGCCGCCUCGCCGCUGCCGAGAAGAUGAUCGAAGAGGUCAAUGUCGAAUACCUCUCCUUGUCGAGAACAGAGGCUCUUUGCGGGUAUCCCUUCGACUUCAAUGCUCCAGGUGCGGAGGAACAGGACGAGCGUGCUUUGCACGCCCAUCGCGAGACUCUAUCGCGCGAAGCCCGGAGCAAACUCCCCGUCUCACAACUUCCUGAUCCCGAGCAUCACGAGCAGAUUGUGUUGUACCUGAGAGCCCGCAGCGCGCCUUACUAUGACCUCCAGCAAAUUGUGCGCCUCCUUGCUAUGUUCCGCGAGUGGCGUGCCAAAGAACAAGAAGUCAUCGAGUGCGUUCGCCUUCCCUCAACACUCAGAUCACCAGAACUAACCAUUUGUAGUCAACGGGCGCAACCCAAGGUCAACACAAAGCCAAUCAAGGAACUCCUCGAAAACAUCACGGCCGUGUUCGACAGCCUCAUCCCAUCACUCGCCGACUCACACACGGCCGACACGCCUGACAUUCUCGACCUGAAGCGCGCGUACAUUCCCGAGAUUGUCAUUACAUACCUGUCCAUUCUACAGACGUCAUCUUUCCUCCUGCACCGCGAAACGGCGAUCAAGGCUAUGGAGAUGGCGAACCUCGUCGCCAGCCCAGACAACGAGUGGCUGCAGGAACUGUUUCUCAGAACGGGCCGAAUGAGCGAGCUGGUGCAGACAUUCGCAAAGGUCAGCCAGGCAAUGCUGAAUCUGAAUGAGUACGAUGGCAAGAAGAAGGAGACUAAGAAGCGGGGCAGCAAGGGCGAGACAUUGAGGAUUUGGGAUCUGAAUGCUAAUAGCCGGGUCUAGAGAGUUGUUUUGCAGAGGAUCGGGGUUCCUAGAUGGAGGAGGGGUGGUUCGUGGUUUGUAAAGGCAUUGCGUACGCUGCGAGCAUCGGAGGAUCGAUUUUUAGAAAGAUAUUAUUGCAUGUGGCUACGACCAAACUCCCUUGACGCCGUCCAGCGCUUAUACCAUACGAUCCACGAUACUACUUGGC